AUAGAAGGUUUUAUUUGUUUAUUAAAAGGUUUAAAAGAAAGAAAAUAACAACAAACAAAGGUUGUGGUUUACACACUCUUAUUUUCGGCCAGGGCCUAAAAUAGGAGUAGGAAAACUUUAUUUUGAAAAGGAAAUAUUUUGGAUGUUUAGGGAAGGUAUGGAGAGUGUGGGCUCAGCCUAGGGUGGGUGUAGGACAACCAUGGUGCUGGGUUGGGUUCUAAGACAGGAAAAUGGAGAAGUUUCAACCCAAUUAAUGUCACCACACUUGGGCUUUAUUCCCCUAAUCUGUCUUUCCCUUGGCGGGCUACGGAGAGUCUUCGGGCAUGCUCCCGGAUAUAUAUCAAUAGUCCUAGAUGAUCUCCUCAACACCUGCUUAGGUGUCACUUGCUACAUCUCAGGUGUGCUAAAUUAUGAGGUUAUUGUUCGCAUUCUGAGAGGAGUUGGAUAUGCAUUUCUUUGUUUGCUAUCUCAUAAUCUCGUGUAUUCUGACAUGCGACUGCAGAACGUCAUAGUUCCCCCGGAUGGUCUUGCACACUUGAUUGAUUUCGGUCGAGUUAGUGUUCUCAACAACGUUGAUUGUGGUGUAGAAGGCGUUUACUCUAGACCUGAUAGUGAGCGAAAAUAUUUGUGCAAGCUAGCGAGGGUGAAUAAAAGGGAUUCAGUGUAUAAGAUUGGAGUCCUGAUAUUCCAUUUGAUUACUGAUCGACAUCUUGCGCUAGGUCAGGUAUUAAGAGCUGGAAAAGGAAAUCACGAUUGGAAUAACCAUUUUGAUGUAGUUCGGGCCGGAGUUGACCUUAAUGAGGUACAAGCAAACAACCUCAUCAACUUGGGUCUCGACUGCUUCUUUGCAGCUGAUACAAGUGAUGAUCCGAUUUCUUUGGAGGCUGUUAUUCAUAGGCUGAAUGAGUUACCAGAGUAGCAUUUAUUGUAGUUGACCCUAAACUUGCAUCAUACAGAGUUGGGAAAGCCUAGUAUGCUGUGAUUCAAUUUGCGCAAACAGUUUUUCAUCGUGAGCGUGUUUGGCACAAGAGCGUCAACUCUAGGGUUUCUGAACCUUUCAGAUCUGUGUUUUUUGCUUUUCGGAUCUACGAUUUUCGCAGUAAGAUCUUGAAGAGGUAUAUGAUAAAAUUUCAGAUCUCGUGUUCAUCUUAUCUUGAAGAGCUCCAUGAUGAAAUUUCGGAUCUUCAAUGUUGAACUGCUGUUGCCGAGGUUGUUGCAGAAGCUACGGCGUUUCUCUUUUCCUUCCAUGUUUUAAUUUCAGUGUUGGGUGUAUUUUUUUUACAGAAUUGUUUGUGUAAGGAAGAGGAAAUUUCUCUUAAAAAACAUUGGUGUGAUAU